UGCGAGUGGCGGCUGCGGGGCAAAGCUGCCGCGGCUGGGGAGAAUGGCUGCGGCUGCGUGCGGCUCCCCGACGAGCCGGCCGCCCCAAGAGGAGCCUCCGGAGGCAGCGCCGGCUGGGGCCCGCAAGCGGGGCGGCGACGCCCGGCGGAGGCAGGCCGCCCUCUUCUUCCUUAACAACAUCUCCCUGGACGGGCGGCCGCCGCCACCGUCGUCGUCGUCGUGCCCGGCGCCCGGCAAACCUUCGCAGGGGCAGCAGCAGCCCGUUUCGCCGGCCCCGGGAGAGGCUCAGCCGCCGCCGCCUCCUCCGCCGCCGCCGCCCCCGGAGGAAGAGGCAGGAGGGGCGGCGUCGGCGGAGCCCGCGCCCCGCUUGCUGCUGCCGACGGGCCCCCACGGGCCCCCGCCGGGCUUCCUGCUGCCUUCCACGGCUGAGCUGGACCCUUCCCGCGGGCUGGGCGCGGCCGCUGCCCUCCUGCCCCAGCUGCUGUUGGGCAGCCCGCUUUGCCCGGUGCCCGCCGCCGCUGUCAGCCCGGCCGCCCUGGCGGGGGUCUUGGUGGGAGCCCCCAAGACGGGCAUCGCGCCCCCCGGAUUGCUGAGCCCCACCCAGGGCGCCUCUGUUGCAGGAGGAGCAGCAGCAGCAGCAGGAGGAGGGCUACCUUUGGAGGUGCAGAGGCAAAGAAGGCGUCUUAUCUCCCAGCGCUGCUCUCUAGAGUUUUUAGAAGACAUAGUGGGAUAUGCCAGUGCGCGCAGAACGAAGCAUGUAUCUGGAUCUCCGCGACACAAAGGCUUGAAGAAAGUACAUUUCAUCAAGAAUAUGAGGCAAUACGACACGCGGAACAGCAGGAUAGUGUUAAUUUGCGCAAAACGAACUCUUUGUGUGGCUUUUUCUAUCCUGCCUUAUGGAGAGAGCUUAAGGAUCAGCGAGCUGAGAAUAGAGGGCCAGAAACAGAGGCAUCCAUCGGGCGGAAUUUCAGCCACUUCCGAGAUGGUGUUAGGAAUGGAAGGCGUGGAAUUAGGGGCUGAUGGCAAGGUGGUAUCCUAUGCAAAAUUCUUGUAUCCAACCAACGCUCUCGUGGGCCACAAAAGUGACGGCAUCAGUGCCGUUUCCGUAUGUCGAGCAACUGCAUCCCGAACGGCUGGAGGCUCGAGGUAUAAAACUUCAGCAUCCAAAACCAUCCCUUCGACAGCAGAUCUGGGAAACGAAGUGGGAGAGUUGAUAGAGUACAAUCCCAAUUUGCUUGAUGACCCGCAGUGGCCGUGUGGGAAACACAAACGUGUCCUCAUCUUUGCAUCAUACAUGACCACCGUGAUCGAAUAUGUAAAACCCUCAGAUCUUAAAAAGGAUAUGAAUGAAACAUUUAAAGAAAAAUUUCCUUACAUCAAGCUCACACUCAGCAAAAUCAGAAGUUUAAAGAGAGAAAUGCGGACCCUGAGUAUGGAGUGCAAUCUGGAGCCAAUUACUGUGUCCAUGGCUUACGUCUACUUUGAGAAGCUCGUCCUCCAAGGAAAGCUCAACAAACAAAACCGAAAACUGUGUGCCGGUGCUUGUGUGCUCCUCGCAGCCAAGAUUAGCAGUGAUCUCAGGAAACAUGAAGUCAAACACCUAAUUGAUAAGUUGGAAGAACGAUUCCGAUUCAACAGACGAGAUCUCAUCGGAUUUGAAUUUACUGUUCUUGUGGCUUUGGAAUUAGCUCUUUACCUUCCCGAUAACCAAGUGUUACCUCACUUCCGUCGUCUCACACAACAGUCCUAGUCGAAGCUACAUUACCACAAAAGCACCAAUUUUUAGGUGGAUUUGGGGACUGACACCCGGCUUUUCCUAGGUGACAAGAUCAAACUGUGUUAAGAAUAUUCCUGGCAGGGAGUCGAUGGUGGGAUUUUCAUGGAACUACCAAAGUGGGAAAUACAAUACAGAAAACCAUGUGUGAGAAGUGGCAGAAGUGGGAAAUUUUUGUUUGAGAAACUAAAGCACAAAUUAUUUGCAUCCAGUUGCCACUAAAGUUGCUAAUUAUCCUUCAUUUAACUUUUUGUUUUCUGGAAACAAUCUCUUCUUCUUGCCUGGCAUUGCUACUUUAUCAUUUCCUUACUCUCUUUUUUUCCCCUCUUCUUCAAACUUAAAAGAGCAACACUUCCAUUCCUUAAUUAGUGCUUCAGAAAAAUGACGUUUCGAACCAUAAAAACUUGGGGAGGGGAAGAAGAAGGACGUGCCUAAGGCUGGGCUGGUACCAGUCUCUCUUUUUCUCUUUCUUGUUUUUAAAGUUAAGUUACUUGGUGGCAAAUUCUGAACUUAAGCAGCAAUUUAUCCUUUUGCCUUUAUUUUCUUGUGCUAUAAGGGAAAAAACGUAUCUGCACUAUCAUUUCUGGGAAGGUUGUAUAUGUUGAUGAUUCAGUUUUACUUUCUUUUUAAAUGAAACGUAUUGUUGAAACAUUGCACUUGUUGAACAAGGAGCUAUAUAGCAAAACAGUCUUCAUUUUAACGUGUCCCUCAGAGGUUGAGUGAAACCAUUGAUUUAAUGGCAGUAAUUUUGACACGUAGCUUCCAGAGCUAAUAUCUUUCUGUUACUGCUUUCUGUAGCUUGAAAGUAAUAACUGUUUUAUUUAUAACAAAGUGUUCAUAUAUUGUCUUUCCUGUGUGCUACUGACAUGUAAAUGUCUCAGGCAGUAUAGCUGUCAUUACCUAAAUUAAGCCAAUGAAACUCAGCAUAUCUAACUUCUGUAAAAGUUUUUUUUAAAAAAAACAAAGGUUCUUCCAAGCUUUUUGUCACUGUGAUGUUUUAAAUGCACAUUCAAACCGCCAAUCUUACAAAGGCCAAUGUCUAGCAGUGUGCUGGGUAGACGCAGUUUUUAUACACUUGGACAACGCAUUGAUUUAAGCAUUCAGAUGCUAAAAUAUGAACUUUCUUGAGACUACAAGAGGAGUCAGUAGCUGUCAGGUUUUUUUUUUCCCUAAGCAAUAUUGUGAUAUAAAUCAAAGUGUCUGUGUAUAUAUGUGAUAUUUGCCAGUGAACAAAACUGGUUCUUGGAUAUUGUGAUUAAUGUCCACAUUCUUACUUUUUUAGUGUAACUUUGGCCAGUUUUAGUGAGAGAGAGAGAGAGAGAGAGAGAGAUCUUGCAAAAUAAGAGGGAAGAUAAAGGUGCAUCAGUAUGGAAUGUACCACUGCAGGUAUAAAAUCACAUUUUUGAGCACAGGUACACUGCUACCAUCAUGACAAUGUACAGUAAACAAGCACACUGGGAAGAAGCUUAGAGAACAAAUUCUCUCUGAUAAGCUGUUUUAUGUCAGUAAAUGCUGUUUAAACAAAAGCAUUUAAAAAUAUAGGUACACGCCUGAUUGAAUCUUAAAUGGUACAAUCAACAACUCUGGGCUGUAGAAACUGAGCCUCUUAGUAAAAUAGAGGGCUUUUAGUACCUAGAAUGCCACAAAUUUUAACUUGGAAAUACAUAUGCUUUGGGAUGGAAAGUUGCAAAGGGGGUUAGAAACAUCUGGAGUGAAAAAUAGUAGGACCCAAGAACGCAUUAUUUAGCAUGAAGAGUUUUGAUUUAUCUCUGACUUUUCUUGCACUUAUGCAUGAAUGAAAACUAGUAGGAAAAAUAUUUUUAACCCAAAGUCAGCUUGUUAUUGAAAUUUGAGCCAACCCAGUUGAGAAUGGCUUUCUAAUCAUGGCUUGGAAAUUAAUGGUCCUCAUCGUAUUAAUAAUACCUGUCAGGUCCUAAUUGUAGCCUUUUUUGAUACAAUGUAUAGUAGCGUAACUAUUGCUCACAAUUAAAAAUGUGGUAUGUUGCAUUUCUUUACAGAAUUUCACAGUGUAGGAUGCCAUCCCAGAUUUUCCCAGGAAACUUUAGAAAUAAUUGGUUGGGUCAUUAAUUCACCUGAACGGAAAGCAACAGAUUUUUUUCCCCCCACAAUUCUUCUGAUUUUGUUAAACAGUACUAACUUAAACACAGUUGACUUAACUAGCUACACUGUGUUGUAAAAUAUUUGCCAACUUAAUUUUCCAAGUAAGGCAGGUAUAAGAGCUGUUGUGGUACAGUGGUUAAAAUGCAGUAUUGCAGGUUAAAUCUGCCAACUGCCAGCAGUUCGAUCCUGACAGGCUCAAGGUUGACUCAGCCUUCCAUCCUUCCGAGGUCGGUAAAAUGAGGACCCAGAUUGUUGGGGGCAAUAUGCUGACUCCAUAAGCCGCUUAGGGCUGUAAAGCACUAUGAAGCGGUAUAUAAGUCUUAAGUGCUAUUGCUGUUAUCUUUUUUCAAGCAAGUAUGCUUGUCAAAAGGCUGCUUGAAAAGGCAGCCUAAUUAAACUCUGAAAUAUAAUUUUGUCUUUGGAAACACGUAGAGUUUAGUUAAUACAUUUACUACCGUAAUAUGCGGGCACUGGGACAGGUAAGUUCUACUGCAACUCAUUGCUGCCUUCUAGAGGCCCUUAGUAUAGCUUCUGAGCGAUGGGAAAACAGCAUAUUGGGAGACAACAAGGUUGGAGAAGGCUGUUGUCCUUAAAAGCUCAAAACACCUUAAGUGUUAAAUGGUACGAGUUUACCCCUUCAGAUAAUAAAGUGGAUUUGUAAUGACUGACGGUACAAUUUUUUAAAAGAAAAAUCUAUUUUAGAACCAAGGACCCAUCUGUAAAUCAGGGAUUCUGAUUUUCUCCUCUUCCCUUCUCCCGAUUAUCUCUAUAUGUACUUGCAAAUUUGCAGUGGUCGAUAUAUUGACAAAAGACGCGUUCUGGUCUUAUAUUAUACAUGGAAAUAUAUUUUGGAUGGAAGAGACUGAAAAUCUUGCCUAAUAUUCGAGUCAAUGUUACUUCAGGAUUCAAAAGAAUGAGGAAUUGAGUAUCAUCAUUUUUAACUUUGCAUUUCGGCUUUGUACAUUGAGUUACAUAGUUCAACUAUUGAAUACUGUAGUGAAUAUGGAGAGUGUAAUGUGUUUGUAAUUUCAUACCUUAAUUUGGGGGGUUGGUUCUCUAAGACUCAUUGUAUUCCUUGUUCAUGCAAUAUCUGCCACUGCGUGGUAACUAUUAUUAUUACAACCAAACUUAGAUCCAGUAUAAAAUCCCAGUUUACUAUCUUUGGAGUAAGAUACUAAUCUUUUGACAGUUGAAGUUUAAAUUAUAGAUUCUUAUGUAAAUAAUGGUGCUUGUAUAUCUUCAGCCCAAGAAAACACUUCGAAUUGGAGUUUGUAUAUUUUUAUGUUAGUAAAUUUGUGUUGUCCUAAAUUUAAGUUUCUGCUUUGUAUAUUGUCUGAUUUUGUUCUUCCAAAUGAAAUGAAUGAAUUUGUUAAUAACUGAAUGUUUGUGUAACUGAAUGUUUUGAUACCUAUUUUAUAACUUAGCACAUCUGAAUAUAUUUCAGGUUUGUGUCAUAAAUAACCCUUUAAAACAU